AACCGAGGGAAGAUCGACACAAACGGAUCCCAUGAUUCAUACACUGUUUACUGCUUAAUUCUGCUUUUAUUUGCUGGAGCUGACUGAGAUUAGUUUAGCAAUUGUGGAAGGCAUUGGCUUGCCGUGAGGAGUCAGACUGUCAGCGAGAGCUGAUUCCGCUACACAGUUGUGCUGUUCGGUUUCUUCAGUUCACCUGUCAUGUUCAGACCUGCUACGGUCGCAGGUGUAUCUGCACCUGCUGCGGGAGUUAUGAGCGCUGCGCUGAGUUUGUCAGACUUGCGUGAUACUUGAUUUGUUUUGAAUGUUUGUUUAUCUGUUUUGGAGUGAAAUCCUAUUUGAGGCAAAAUGGGAAUUGCAGGACUUUCUUUUAUAAGCGGGCAGUGCUCGUGCUGCCCAAUGAUCCUGCGUACAACCAGCGGCGGCCUUACACCAGUGAGGAUGAGGCCUGGAAGUCGUUCCUGGAGAAUCCGCUCACAGCCGCCACCAAAGCCAUGAUGAGCAUUAAUGGAGACGAGGACAGCGCUGCGGCUCUGGGUCUGCUGUAUGAUUACUACAAGGUGCCACGGGACAAGAGAACAAUAUCCCAGCAAAAGACUGACGUCCUGGGCUCUGAUGUGGAUCCCAACAAAAGGAACAUGUUGACCCCUCUUCAAGAGACAUCAAUGCAGCUAGGGGACAACAGGAUCCAGGUCCUAAAAGGGGUCCCCCUGAACAUUGUCCUGCCAGGAAACCAACAUGUCCAAGAUAAGAGAGGUCUCUUUCCCAGCCCUGACACUACAGUGACUGUGUCGAUCGCUCCUGUAGCAAGCAACUCAGUGAAAACCGAGGGUCCAUCACAUGGUUUCUCUGUCACUGUCCCGAACCCCCACUGCGCAGAGCCAGACAGCCACACGGUGGUGUUCGACCGCCAGCUGCCCCACAACCAGUUCAGCCCAAACACACAGCCACGCACCCCAGACUCCACCUUCCCAGAAAACCCAGACGUGUUCUCGUUCCCAGGGGAUCUCCAGUUACGCAUGGGUCCCAUCACGCAGGACGACUACGGCACUUUCGACACAGUGUCCGGGAAUAAUUUUGAAUACAUAUUAGAAGCCUCCAAGUCACUCAGACAGAAGUCCGGUGAUGGCACCAUGACGUACCUCAAUAAAGGCCAGUUUUAUCCAAUCACACUCAGGGAAACCGACAAUGGUAAACUGCUGCAGGGGCCCAUCUGUAAAGUCAGGAGUGUGGUGAUGGUAGUGUUUGGAGAGGAGAAAUCCAGAGAUGACCAACUGAAGCACUGGAAAUACUGGCACUCGAGGCAGCACACGGCCAAGCAGAGAUGCAUUGAUAUCGCGGACUACAAAGAAAGUUUCAACACCAUCAGUAAUAUUGAGGAGAUUUCAUACAAUGCCAUUUCAUUCACAUGGGACAUCAGCGAGGAAGCAAAGAUCUUCAUCUCGGUGAACUGCCUGAGCACAGACUUCUCGUCUCAGAAAGGAGUGAAAGGCCUGCCGCUGAACAUACAGAUCGACACCUACAGCUACAACAACCGCAGUAACAAGCCCAUCCACCGCGCUUACUGCCAGAUUAAAGUCUUCUGCGACAAGGGUGCCGAGCGCAAGAUUCGUGACGAGGAGAGGAAACAGUCCCGGAGGAAGGGCAAGUGUCCUGACGUCAACCCUCCUUUGGGAAACUUCGGGGCAGAUGUCAAGGUGCCGCUCCUGCACAAGCGCACAGACAUGACAGUGUUCAGGACACUGACGGAUUUCGAGACGCAGCCUGUCCUUUUCAUCCCAGACAUCCACUUCUCUACCUUCCAGCGACAUGCAUUCACAGCUGAGGACUCGGAGGAGGGCUCGGCAAUGAAGAGAUUACCUUAUACUGAGGAGGAGUUUGGAUCGCCUCCUAAUAAACUGGCACGGAUGGAUGAGCCCAAAAGAGUUUUGCUGUAUGUGCGCCGGGAGACGGAGGAGGUGUUUGAUGCCCUCAUGCUAAAAACUCCCACUCUGAAAGGCCUGGUGGAAGCGAUUUCAGAGAAGUAUGAAGUUUCUCUUGAGAAAAUCGGAAAGGUCUACAAGAAAUGCAAGAAAGGGAUCUUAGUAAACAUGGACGACAACAUCAUCAAGCACUACUCGAACGAGGACACCUUCCAGAUCCAGAUGGAGGAGAUGGGAGGAAUGAUCAAGCUCACGCUGACAGAGAUUGAGUGAUUUUCAGCUCCUUCUACAGACUGGUUUACACACAUCUCUCUCCUCUCAUCUUUCACUACAGUCUAAUGAAUAGGGACGAACUUGUAUAUGCGAACUUAAGUACUUUAAAAUGCUUCAGGUAUAAGUACUUAAACCGAGUGGUCAGCUUGAUAUCAAAAGGACAUAAAAAAAAACAAGUCAAAAAUGCUAAUUGAUUUAAUGUCAAAACCUUGACGUCUAUUUGACAUCCACACAUUGAUGCCUGUUUGACCACCAAAAUAAUGGCACUAAAGUAUUAUAAUAUAACACAAUAAUAUAUUAAUAUGAAAGCUUCAAUUGCAAAUUCCAAAUGUACACUGGAUUUCGUAUCCCUACAAUACAUGUUAAUACCUUGAUGUCAAAACUACGUCAAACUGACAUCUAAAAUUGCUGUCAAAGAUCAAUUAAAAGGCUGUAAUCAAUAUUUGACACCAAUGUUAGAUCUCAAUUUGAUAUUGUUUACAUGCAUUGUAGCAGCUGAAUAAAAGUUCUCUUAUUUUACUGUUUGUGUCAUUAUUUCGGUGGUCAAAAGGCCAUCUAUGUGUGGAUGUCAAAUAGACGUCAAGGAUUUGACAUCAAAUCUAUUUGCAUUUUUGACAUGUUGUUUUUAUGUCUCUUUGACAACAAGGAGUCUGCUGGGAAUGUUAUGAGCCAUAUUUUCUUUUUUUUUCCAUGAGUAUAAACAAACAGCUCAUUUCUCAAUUGUUUAGUGACUCUGAAAGAGGUCAUGAAAACAAUUUACUCUUAGAUUUCCUGUUUAAAUUCAUAGCACUGGAGAAGCUGAUCUCUAAAGGAUGAAUGAAAAGGGUGUAGAGAGACUGGUUUGGGGAAUCCUCAUCGCUUCGCUGUAUUGUUAUCAAUAACCCUUUACAGUAUUUAGUAAGUACAGUAUAUACAGUAUGAUCUCUUGUUCAGCUUCACAAGCAAUUUGUGCAUGUGGACAUGGAGUAAGGGAACAAAAAACUUUUUUUAAUUAUUAUUAUUAUUAUUAUUAUUAACACCUAAUAACUUUUCAGCUUUAGACUUUCCUCAUUCCUAAUAUGAACAAAUACGGUCCAUGCAGCAGGUUCUCGGAUGAAUCCUUCAGGAGCUGUUUUCAAAAUGUGAUCCAUGGAUAAUCAGUGUAAACGUUUGUUUUGAAAGUAUAAGUGAGUAAUUCUGUAUUGUUGAUGGAUGAACUGUGAUGCUUUACAAACACGCUAAGAAACCCUGAAAAUAACAUCAAUUUUGCGAUUGCAAGUUAACAGUUGCACUAAAAAUUAUUCUGAAAAUUUAAAUAUCAGUAUAAUAAAAUAUACAUAUACCCUAUCAGUUGGGUUGGCCUAUAUUUUACCCAAAUUCGGGAUAUAAACCCCAGCAUUUUUAGAGUAGCUACCGCUUACAGUAUCAAAAUAUGCAUGGCAGGUUGGUUUAUUUAACAGAACUAUUGCUUAGAAUUUACUGUAAUACAUGCUAAAAUUGAAGCUAAAGUAUGUUAGAAACAAAAAAUACAUAUACAUACACAAAAUUACUAGACAACAGUAUUAUUCAAACAUUUAUUAAUAAGUCACACCAAUGGGAAAAUUUUGAAUUUUUGGUAAUACUUUAGUUUGGGUCAAAAUUCAUGCUAUUAACUACUGGCUUAUUACCUGCCUAUUAUUAAGAUAUUAGCUGUUCAUAAGUAGUAAUAAAGUAUGGGCUUAUUCUGCAUCUCUAAUCCUACCCAAAACCUAAACCUAACUUCUACCUAUUAAUAAACAGCUAAUUAUUUGUGUAUUAAGCUAGUAGUGUUAUUUAAUAGUUCAUUAAUACUAUGAAUGGUGACCUAAACUAAUUAUUUUUGUAAUUAGUAUAUAGAUUAUAUUCAAUAUUACAUACAUUUAAACUGGUUUAACAAUCCUUUUAGAAAUAAAAAACUAGCAAAUAUUUGUUAGUUUUAAUUGUUAAUAGCUGUUCAGUAGCACAAAAGGGGGAAAAAAGAGGGGGGAAAAAUCUCAAGAAAAUUGAGCAUAUUAAUUUUGUUAAAGUUCAUUACAUCCAGUAAUCUAGUAAAUGUAAAAUAAAGAAUUUCUUUAGACCUUUGGUUACCCAUUACAUUGCCCUUAAACUAUGGUUUUUGUUUUAUUUUCUUUUACACUCAAAUAUGGACAGAUCCAACCCAACAAUGUGUUCCUGUUUCUGAUGUCACCAAUAAAAUGUAUAUGUUUGAUUAAUUUUAAAAACUUUUUUUCUAAAUAAUACUUGAUACUCUUUUUUUUAUCAUUUAUUGUGUAUAUAUUUAUUAACAAAUAUGGGAUGGGACCUUUUUUAUAUACAUUAUAUAUCUAUAGCAGAGUCAGUUUUCUAAAGUAUCUUUUUUAUGAAAUCAUUCUAAAUGAUUUAUUUAUGCAAAUGGGGCUACUUUAGUUUGUUAUUGAUGUCUGAUUUGCUUUAAAUGUGCAUAUUUAAGUGUUGUUUUUUUCGUUUUACUUAUCUGAAUCUGAACUGUUAUGCUCCAAUAAAAGCCUCUUGGGCUCUUGUAUUUUG